AUGCAGGGCCAGCCCAUGCAGGGCCAGCCCAUGCAGGGCCAGCCCAUGCAGGGCCAGCCUAUGCAGGGCCAGCCCAUGCAGGGCCAGCCCAUGCCAAGCCAGCCCAUGCAGGGCCAGAUGGGUAUGGCCACCAACUCCAGUGCCUUCCCCGGGACCGCCGGAGCCAUGCCCGGCUCGGGCGGCAAUCCCAACUCCUUCGUGGGAGCAGGAGCAGCAGCCAUGGGAAGCAUGGGCAUCAACGAGGCUUUGGCAGACGCAGCGAUGAAAGAAGCCAUGGCACGCAUGCACAGCUCGGGCGCUAUGCGCUGGUUUCCAUUUCUCUUCCUCAGUCUCCAGCAGCUCUUCAAUGUAGGCCACUCCUACGUGCUCAGAAAGUUGGUGGUGCUCAUGUGCCCCUUCCUCAAGAUGCAGCAGGCGCAGCACACGCCCAUGUGGGAGGACCACUCGCCGGGCGACCUUAGCACUCCCCAGCGCGGUGUAGGGGCCGACGGCUUGAAGGUGGAUGUGGAUCAGCCAGAUCUCUACAUCCCCGUCAUGUCCUACGUCACCUACGUGCUCAUCUUCGGCUUGCGUGGCGAGCUCCCUUGCGUUGUCCCUGGCUGCAUGGCGCUUCGCGUCCCCGCCGAGAGCAAGAUCAAAGGCUGGGCGACGCUCCGCGUGUUCUUGGUGCCAGCCGGCUCCGACUUCCACGGGGUAGAGGUCAUUGACACGCCUGGACGUGGCAAAGGACUUGCCACAACCAAAGCAGUUCCGGCAGGAGGCGAGAUCUUGGCCGAGGCCCCCCUCUUUGUGAAGCCACAGGGCUGGUCCACCAGGAGGCUGGCAAUACAGCUGCAGAACAUCUCAGAGGAAUGCCGCGCAAGGCUGCUGGAGCUCAGCCAAUCUCCCAAGACCGGCUUUGCUGACGAGGACCAAGGGGAUGGUGCAGAUGGGGCGCUGCUCAGAGUGGUGCGUGCCAAUGGCGUACAAGCCAUCGACGGCUCCACCUCCGUCUGCCGAAUUGUCUCCCGAGCGAACCACGCUUGCCAGCCCAAUGCCACACUCUGCCCAGAGACGGGGGGUGCCAUCCGCUUGGUUGCGCUCUGCGAUCUGGCGCCAGGUGAAGAGAUCUUGGUGUCUUACCUCUCCGGUGAGGACCUUCUGCGACCAACUUGGGCGCGCCGACGGGAGCUGGAGAGGGGGCCGUGGGGCUUCCGUUGCGAGUGCGAGCGAUGCCGGGGGAAGGACCUCACCCGUGGGAUGCAGUGCUUGAGCUGCGGUGAUGGCUCCUACUAUCCGACCGAGGGUGGGAGCUGGUCUUGUUGUGAGGCGUGCGGAGACCAGCCGCCUUCCCAGGAGGCCGUGUCCGAGGCAGAGUCCUUCUGGCAAUCAGCUUUGCAACAGCUUGACACGGCCGGUGAGGCGCAAUAUCGAGAGCUGGCAGUCCAGCUGCAUCGACAGUUCCAAGGUCGUCGUGGGCUGUGGCCUCGAGCCCAGCAGCACUGGGUGGCCGCGUGGGCCGCCAGAGCAGCAGCCAUCGCGCACCAGGAGACCAAGAGCUUCGCCUCGGCCAUGGCAGCGGCGAAGCAGCUGCAAGCCUAUGUUCGGUACGUGCGUGGCCAGCGCCUGGUUGCAUUGCACGCCGAGGCCCUUGCCUUCCGCGCACGAGGGGCGCGCGGAUUGGCUGAGCGUGGGAACCAAAGAGCAGGUUGCGUGGCAAAGAUCCAUGCAGAGAAGGGCUUGGAAGAAGCCGAGUCGAUCUUGGGCGCGCGCCAUCCCCUUGUGAGGUCGCUUGAGCAGCUCCUCGGGGGGCUUGGCGAGGCCGUCGACCUUGAGCCAAGUCUGGACACCUUGGG